AUGGAUCAGCAUGAGCAAACACUUGUUAAUCCAUCGGCAAACACUUGUUCAUCAUCAUCUUCUUCUUCUACAUCGGAAAAGGAAACGUUCACAGUGUGGAUGAAAUCCCUCGUCUGCCACGGAAAUGGCUGCACGGUCUUCAACUCCAAAGGCCAAGUCGCUUUCCGUGUUAAUAAUUAUCAGCAGCGAUGCAGCACAAAGGCCUUUCUCAUGGACUCCACCGGCAACAUCCUCUUUUCUUUAAACAGAAAGAAAUUAGGGUUUGGAUGGUGGGAGGGCUUCAAAUGGAGCGAUUCGAAUGUUAGGACGGAGAAGGUGUGUUUUCGAGUGAGGAGAGAUCAGAGGAGAUGGGUGUGUUGUGUGGUGAGUGAUGAUGGUUGCUGCAAUUACACGAUUGAAGGGUUUGAGGGGAAAUCGAGUUUGAAGAUUAGAGAUUUUGAGAGAAGGGUUAUGGCGGAGGCAACACAAAUUUUACAUUCUGUCAUAACAAAUCGAGUUUGA